CCACACACAAUGAUGUAACGGCCGCAGCAGCAUUUCGGAUUUUCUAAAAAACAACGCCGUGACGCGCCAAUAAAAAACAUCGCGUUUCGAACAACUAAAACGACAUUCCUUCACCGACGCUAUUUUUCGCACUUGUUGACAUCGCAGUGCUGGAUCACAAUUCCGGAAAAUGUUCGGAUGGCUGGAAAUUCGUUUUCAUUCAGGCCGUGUCCUUUUGCCAAUCAGACGCAGGAUUGGCUGCUGUUGCAAAAUGUGUCCGAAUUUACGGUUAAUGUUGGCUUUGCUGUUGCCAACCUUGGUUGUUACGAGCGAAGUUUCCAAGGAAAUCGAUAAUGCAGAUUGCAUAAGGGCUGGUGAGUGCUUGUUGCAGGAGGUGUGUACGAACGAAACUGAGAUCACACACAUACAACAUAUGUGGAGCAGCAGCACAACGCAUAGGAAAUUUGACUGUUUGGAAAAUUGUGCUGAGUCAUGGUUGGAAGUAAUAAACAAAUGCAAUUGUUGCAUAACAGCGGUCGGAAAGGAUAUGGUGGUUGCAGUUAAAAAAGGAAUGGCCUUUGAUCAAGCAAACAAGUUCUGUGGGAUUACACCUUUGAACCAAAUUAAUGAAUCUUAUAUUGAAUGUCUUCUUUCUGAACAACAUAGCUCAAGUUGGAAAUAUUGGAUUGGAGACUUGAUGCAUUAUGUGAGCCACGGUGACCUUGUUCCUAGAAAUAAAACCAGCCCUCCACCAAAGCAAACUGGUGUACUAUGUUCUGUGAAAGUAUAUGAACCUCCUGACCCAAUUCCUGAAAAUCGAACUUUCUUCAUUUCCAAAGCAAAGGCUUCAAAGCAAGAUGCGGCCAUGACUUGCAUGAAAGAUGGUGGAACAUUAAGUGUGAUAGACACGAGGGACACGUUUAAUGAGAUUGAAAAGUUUAUAAAGAAAUAUUUUGGUGUGCAGUUCUGGAUUGGUCAGAUCAAUGAGAGUUCACUCGGAUACAAAAACCUAAAUUAUUAUACCGACCCCACAACCAGCCCCUCGACAAACAUGAACCAUUGUAUCUCAAUGAUCCAAACUUCAUGUCAAUACAAAUGGAUGCUGAGUAAUUGUAGUGAGGAAAUACAUUACCUCUGUCAGUUUAACACAACAAUAAUACGAGCUACAAAAGAAAUGAAAAAGAAUUUUCGAGAAUUUCCACUCUUUCUGUCCACAAAAUUUGUUCUUAAAAGAAAGUAUGCUACACAGAACCAUCCUUUUUGCCCUGAUACAAACUUAAUCACUGAAUGGGAAUUUGAAAGCGCAAGAAUUUUAUUGAAAAAAGAAAACAGAAACAAAGCUGAGAUAGGAAAAAACUCAGACGGUGACGUUCGAAGUUUAACGAGUGUAUGUGGCAACAAAUAUAUUAUAAGUGAAGGUCAAGACAACGAUAGAAUUUGUAAAUCAGUCAAUGCUUCCAAUCCUGUCGUUUGCAACGAACCACUAUGUGACUACAACGGACGCAUCUAUCGCUGCUCUCGUGUUGAUAACUGUGGCCGAUAUGAAGCUAGCAAAGAAUAUAAGUUUGUGGGGACGAAUGAAAAGUUUAGGUCAUUUGGUAACCAUAAGGCUGCUUGUGGUGUUGGCUGGGAACUUUACAACGGGACUCUUGAAACACACAAUGAUGAUUUACUCCACAAACUUAAAAUUGCUGAAGGAUGUGUUUGGAGCUAUACAGCAGAUCACUACAAUGAACUCUGUGUGGAUUUCUUUCGCAACUGCACAAAUGUUGGUUACAUUUGCGAGCAUAACGGUUGGUCUAACCUUAACUUUAACUUUAAAUUCGUAUUUGAGCAUAAGGCUAGUCGAAG